AUGGGUCUCAGAGGCUCUAUUCCUCCUCACCUAGGCAACCUAUCAUUUCUUGUUCAGCUGGAAUUCAGAAACAACAGUUUCCAUGGUAGCAUACCAAGAGAUGUUGAGAAGUUAAAAAUGUUGAAAGAGAUAUUAAUUGGACACAACAAUUUCACAGAAAUUCCAAACUUGAUUGGCAGUAAAGAUCAGGUGGAGAAGUUGUACGUGCAGGCUAAUGCCCUAAAAGGACCUGUUCCUUUGGCUGUCUUCAACAUGUCUUCUUUGAAAAUUUUGGCUCUAACGGCGAACUACUUGACUGGUAGUAUUCCGGACGAUUUAUGUCAGCAUCUUCCAAGUAUCCAGAUAUUGAGUUUGGCUCGCAAUAAACUUGAUGGUCCACUUCCAUCCAAAUUAUGGCAAUGCAAAGAGCUUCUCCAGUUCUCUUUAGACUCUAACAACUUCCGUGGAAGCAUACCAAAAAGCAUCGGGAACUCUACCCAGUUGGAAAGGAUUGGCAUUAGCUACAACAACUUGACAGUACUGCCUGGUCACCUGAAUUUUUUUUGGAGAAGAAUUUCACACUUAGAACUUGUAAGGGCGACAAAUGGAUUUCAUGAAAGCAACUUACUUGGCACUGGGGGUUUUGGUUCGGUAUAUAGAGGUACACUUUCAAAUGGGAUACAUGUUGCAGUAAAGGUUUUCAACUUACAGCUGGAAGGGGCUUUCAAGAGUUUUGAAAGGGAAUGUGAAAUGCUAAGCAAUAUUCGCCACCAAAAUCUUAUCAAAAUCAUUAGCUGUUGCAGUCAAAUUGAUUUCGAAGCCGUGAUACUAAACUACAUGCCUAAUGGGAGCCUCGAGAAGUGGUUGUAUUCUCAAAACUCAUCUUUGAAUAUCUUACAAAGGUUGAACAUAAUGAUAGAUGUUGCAUUGGCAUUGGAAUACCUACACCAUGGUUAUUCAAUAUCUGUUGUCCAUUGUGACGUGAAGCCAAGCAAUAUACUCCUAGAUGAAGAUAUGGUUGCACAUGUUGCUGAUUUUGGCAUUGCAAAGCUGGGUGGAGGAGAUUAUGUUACCCAUACCAUGACCCUAGCCACAAUUGGAUAUAUGGCACCAGAGUAUGGAACAGAAGGAAUUGUUUCGACAAGAGGGGACGUGUACAGUUUCGGUAUUGUACUCAUGGAGGCAUUUACAAAAAGAAAGCCAACAGAUGAGAUGUUUGUUGAGGAAAUGAGUUUAACGCAAUGGGUUUCAAAUUCAUUAUCUACAGUUGUGGAUGCUAAUUUGCUUGGGAUGCAUCAGGAAGAUCAUGACUUUGAGACCUGUAAUGAUUGUUUAUCAUCCAUAAUGAGAUUAGCCCUUGCUUGCGCGGCCGAAUCACCGGAAGAGAGGAUAAACAUGCUGGAAGCUGUAUCCACACUCAAGAAAAUCAAGAUGAAGAUUUUGGACAACGCUGCCAGAGGUGUGCGAUUAAAUCUUCCAGUGCUUCCUGUCUGGGUUGGAUAAAUUUUAUCAUUCUC